AGAAACAAAACUUUCAGUCGGAGGAUUCAUACAUAUGAAAAACUAAAAUAAACGUUGUGUGAUCAUUGUCUGGGAGAGUGGAAUCAACAUGUCUACCAGUUUUACAACAGAUGGCAGCCCCCUGCCCACCACUGCAGCUCCCAGCACAGCUCUCACUAUGGGUGCUGCUGACAUUGCUAUUGUUGUUGUCUACUUUAUAAUUGUCAUGGUGGUUGGAAUCUGGUCAUCAAUGCGUGUCAAUCGUAGCACUGUUGGGGGGUACUUCUUGGCUGGUCGUUCAGUGACUUGGUGGCCUAUUGGAGCCUCUCUGAUGUCCAGUAAUGUUGGCAGUGGUUUAUUUAUUGGUCUAGCAGGGACAGGAGCAGCUGGAGGAAUCGCUGUUGGGGGAUUUGAAUGGAACGCAUCGUGGGUUCUGGUAGCUCUGGGUUGGAUAUUUAUCCCCGUUUACAUCUCUGCUGAAGUGGUAACAAUGCCUGAAUACCUGGCCAAACGCUUUGGAGGCCAGAGGAUACGCAUAUACAUGUCUGUUCUGUCACUUAUUCUCUACAUUUUCACCAAAAUAUCAACAGACAUUUUUUCCGGGGCAUUGUUUAUCCAGGUGUCAUUUGGGUGGAAUCUGUAUCUGUCUACAGUCAUACUGUUGCUGGUGACUGCUGUCUACACUGUGGCAGGUGGUUUGGCAGCUGUGAUCUACACUGAUGCUCUCCAGACUUUGAUCAUGGUUGGAGGAGCUUUUGCCUUAAUGUUCAUAGCAUUCUCCAAGGUGGGCUGGUAUGAGGGCCUUAUGGAUCGUUACAUGUCAAGUAUUCCCAAUGUGACUGUUCCCAACACCACCUGCCACUUACCCCGUAGUGAUGCUUUCCACAUGUUCAGAGACCCUGUAACAGGGGAUUUACCCUGGCCAGGUCUACUGUUUGGGCUCACCGUACUGGCUACAUGGGUCUGGUGCACAGAUCAGGUUAUAGUCCAAAGGUCUCUGUCAGCCAAAUCUUUGUCUCAUGCUAAAGCAGGCAGCGUGUUGGGUGGCUAUCUCAAACUGCUCCCUAUGUUCUUCGUUGUGAUGCCAGGAAUGAUAAGUCAAGCACUAUUCCCAAAUGAGGUUGGUUGUGUGGAUCCAGAUAUCUGUCAAAGUGUGUGUGGUGCUUCAGUUGGUUGCUCUAACAUUGCUUACCCUAAACUAGUAAUAGAGCUAAUGCCUGUGGGACUUCGUGGUCUGAUGUUGGCAGUGAUGUUAGCUGCUCUUAUGUCAUCCCUGACUUCCAUUUUUAAUAGCAGCUCUACUCUGUUUACACUGGACCUCUACCACAAAGCCAGGCCUAAAGCUUCUGAGUUGGAACUUAUGAUAGUUGGAAGGGUGUUCAUCCUCGUCUUGGUGUGUCUUAGUCUGCUGUGGAUUCCUGUUGUCCAGACAGCCAAUAGUGGACAGCUGUUUGACUAUAUUCAGUCAGUGACCAGCUUUUUAGCACCUCCCAUUACUGCUCUAUUCCUAAUGGCUAUCUUUUGGCCACGAGCCAACGAGCAGGGUGCAUUCUGGGGUCUGAUGGCUGGACUAGUGAUAGGACUGAUCCGAAUGGUUCUGGAGUUCUCCUAUUCACCUCCUUCCUGUGGUCAGCCUGAUCACCGGCCUGCAGUCCUAGCUGAUGUCCACUACUUGUACUUUGCUCUCAUCCUGUUGGCUCUCACAUGCCUCAUCAUUGUUGCUGUAAGCCUGGCCACUGCCCCAAUACCUAAAGAAAAUCUGCAUAGGCUGACCUGGUGGUCCAGACAUAGUCUUGAACGGCGGAUGGAUCUCUCAAGUCUUCAGAUCACCUCUGACCAAGUGGACUCUAACCUCAGCUCAGAGUCUGACCGAUUGCAAGAAUCCACUUGGAAGAAAGUUGUUCUGUGGCUUUGUGGUUUGUCUAGUUCACGCUCCGAGUCGGCAGCUCCAGUGAUUCAAAGCAGUGAACGAAACUUCCUCCAGGAGAAGUCACUCUGGAGAAUAGUCUGCGAUGUUAACGCCCUGCUACUGCUGGUUGUUAACGUGUUUCUCUGGGGAUACUUUGCUUAAUGUGGUCAUGAAAUCUUGAACAUGUUGUUGUUUUUCUUACUUCUUACUCUUCUUAAUAACUUUACUUUUCUAAACUAUUCAGGAAAGAAGUGGGACAGAAAAAGGAUUCUCAGAUAUGAAACAAUGAACUAAUUAUUCUCUAUUGUAUACUGUAUACUGUAUACAGGCGAGAGAGAUAAGAUUGACAUCCAGUUAGCUCAUUAACUGCCUUUGUUAGCAAACAAUGUACAGCUCAAUCUGCUCAACUUGAAAAAAUAAAAUAGCCCUUUAUUGUGA